AUGGCGUUACAGAGGUAUAGGAGGAAACGGCCCCGGCGAGAGUCCAGCGACGGAUAUUCAGUCGAAGAAAUCUCUGCCGAUGACAUGGGCUAUGAUGGGGAUAUUGAAGUUCUUCUACCCGAUCAGUACGAGGAACCUGAAUCCGAUUUCGAAGAUGACAAGGCACUCCGGAGGCUGUGGCCAGAUACAGACGAUGAGCUGGCCAGCAAGCUGCGAAGGUUGUCCUGCGAUCCUCAUUUCUUACAGCACACUCGGCGAGAUGAUGGUGAUCGGGGACGGAAACGCAUGUCAACGGAGAUGGACGACGGCGAGGAAGAUGUCUCGCUCAAGCAGACCGAGAUCGAAGUAUCUGAGCUUGUGGACGGACACGCCGAGCAGCCCCCGCCGAAAAAAAGAAAGAACAGGGCCAGCAAGCCGCCAGCGGGACAGCGAGUGAAGAAGCAGUCUACAGAGGCCUGGUCUGACAGCUCCGACCGGUCCGAGGAAGCCAUGGACGAGUCGUCGACGGGGACGCCAUAUGGCGCAAAUACGCCGUCGACGCCAGUGAGGAAUGCCGGGCCUGACGAUGAUGGGCUUGACGCCAUGGACCUUGGAUGA